GAGGCUGGCUGAGCAGCUGAGAGCAGUGCGUCAGCAGUACAUUCACGUUCCCACUGAAGGACAAAGGGAGGGGGCAGAGCGAGCAUCUUGGCUGCCUGCAACACCGACACACAUCGGAGGGGGGUGAACAGAGAAAAGAGAGAUUGGAGAAUAAACAAGAAGAGGAGAUGUGGAUUAGGAUGCCGUCCCUGCUGCUUCGGUGACGGUGGGCUGCCUGUUUGAAUGCUCGCGUGCCUCUUUUCUCUCCGUCUCUCUCUCUCUCUCUCUCUCUCUCACACACACACACACACACGCGCGCGCACACUCUCCUUCACGCACUCUAUCUUUCUCCUGCUCCUGAUCUGUCAGUGGUUCUCGGCUCCUCACUCCGUCUCUCUCUUUCUGCCUCUCUUUUUCUCCCCCCGUUCAACUCCGGGAUACUGCAGCAGUCCACCAGCCAGCCGCAAGUCCGACAAGGCACACACAUGGCUAACUGCCACAACUUACUACCUCAGCCCCGGAGAGAAACUAACGAAUAAGCAAGCGGGCAGAGGGACACCGCAGGAGGCAGCCCGGAGGACAAUCAGCAAGCGCACGGCAGAAUCCUCAAUUUUUUUUUUCCUGUGCAUGGAUAUUGAUACGGAGACCACUUCCACGCUCAUCCUCCCGCCGUCAUCCUCUCUCUCGUCGCUCGUUGCAGAAGAGUGCUCUCUCUCUCUCUCUCCGGCAACCUUUCGCGGAGCUCCAACAGUGCAGCGCAUCCCCUUCUCCACCCCCCACCCAGCGCCACCAUCUCUCCCACCACCCCCCAGCCCCCUCCUCCCCCCAGAAGGAAUAGACGGAUUACUGCUAACUGUGCACACGGCAGCCCGCAGCUGCUCUGACCGGGGCCAGCCCGAGAUCGGGAGGACGCGGGAGGAGCACGGAGGAGGACCGGGGAGGAGGACGCCUGUGCCAGGAGUUCUUCAGCCUUUUUCCGUCCCUCAGUCUCUGUCACAACGGGGCUAAUCAGCGACCGACUAGCCCUUGGCAAAGUCACAGUGAGGGAGGUCUUUCCACGACGGGAAGCGGCGACCAGCCGACAAGCCAACACAUGUAUCGGGACCCAUCAGAACUGGGGAUUUUUAUUUGUUUCACUUCUGCGCGCCUCCUCCGCUAUGUUUAACUACGGUAUGGAUCAUUGUGAUUUAUUCACAGUGGAGCUGCAUUCCGGAGUCUGCAGCCCAGCAGGGGGGCAGUUAGUGGGGGCAGAAGGGAUCCAAGCACCUGCCUAGCCUUCAUGGCCUUACCUCUGCCUGGGAAAACAAGAAGACGUCUCUCUCGUGUCAUUCCGUGGAAAUGACUUUUAAAUGGACAUGAAGUGUGACCGUUGCUUUUAACAUUUGGAACGAGACCAACAGGAGCAUUUUCAAACUAAUGAGCUUCUUCCUGCACUGUCGAUGGAACUUGGGAACCUUGAGUUGCCCCAGCCAGGCUAAGAUGGUCUGUUCUCUGGUGUGUGCCGUAUCCCCCCACCAUGCAGAAUAAUGAGCCCUCCACACCAUGAGUCCUCUGGGCCAGGUUAGUGUGCAGCCUACCUGGAACGCAGCCCUGCUCGCCGUGCUCUCCUUCAUGGUGCCUGCUCUCACUAUGUGCCAGCCCACAGGUCCUGCAGUGGGCUCAGCUAACCCACAAAACUGUCCAGGUGUGUGCUCCUGCACUAACCAGCUCAGCAAGGUGGUGUGUACGCGCAGAGGCCUGGUUAGGGUUCCUCCAAACAUCCCAGCUAACACUAGGUAUCUGAACCUGAUGGAAAACAGCAUAGAGACAAUAGAGGCAGAUACUUUCAGACACCUGCAUCACCUGGAGGUGCUGCAGUUGGGCAGAAAUGCCAUUAGGCAGAUUGAAGUGGGCGCUUUCAAUGGCUUGACCAGUCUCAAUACCCUGGAGCUUUUUGAUAACAGACUGACGGUCAUACCCAGUGGAGCUUUUGAGUAUUUGUCAAAGUUGAGAGAGUUGUGGCUUAGAAACAAUCCCAUUGAGAGUAUUCCGUCUUAUGCCUUCAACCGUGUCCCCUCACUCAUGAGACUGGACCUGGGAGAGCUGAGGAAGUUGGAGUACAUCUCUGACGGGGCGUUCGAGGGCCUUCAGAACCUCAAGUAUCUCAACCUGGGGAUGUGCAACCUGAGGGAGUUUCCUCAUCUUUCACCUCUGGUGGGAUUGGAAGAGCUAGAAAUAUCGGAGAAUGUUUUCCCUGAGCUGAAACCUGGGGCUUUUCACGGCCUCAAGAAUCUACGCAAACUGUGGAUUAUGAACUCUGCCAUAACCACCAUUGAGAGGAAUGCAUUCGAUGACAUAACAGCACUGGUGGAGCUUAAUUUAGCCCACAACAACCUGUCAUCCCUCCCCCAUAAUCUCUUCACCCCUCUACAGUACCUGGUGGAGCUUCACCUGCACCACAACCCUUGGAGAUGUGACUGCGAUGUUGUGUGGCUCUCCUGGUGGCUCAGAGAAUACAUUCCCACAAAUUCCACCUGCUGUGGACGCUGUCACACCCCGACCCACAUGAGGGGACGAUACCUGGUGGAAGUGGAUCAGACCACGUUUCAGUGUUCGGCGCCGUUUAUACUGGAUGCUCCCAGAGAUCUGAACAUUUCAGCAGCCAGGGUGGCGGAGCUGAAGUGUCGCACAGCUCCCAUGAGCUCUGUCCGGUGGCUUCUCCCCAACGGAACAAUUCUGACCCAUGGCUCAGCUCACCCACGGAUAUCUGUACUUAAUGAUGGAACCCUCAACUUUUCCAACGUUCUCCCAUCAGACACAGGGGUCUACACCUGUAUGGUUAGCAACAUGGCCGGAAACUCCAAUGCCUCCGCCUAUCUAAAUGUCAGCAAUGCUGAACUCAACACAUCUAAUCUGUCCUAUUUUACCACUGUAACAGUGGAAGUUUUAGAACCCACAGUGGAGGAAACCCCUAAACCCAAACCCACUGUCCCUGCCUCACCCUCUGUCUUUCAGCCUGUUUUCAUCUCUACGCCCACUGUGUUGUUCCAAAACACUCAGACUCCAAGGCAGGUGUCAAUUCCUCCUGCCAGAGUCCCUAGUGGGCCAGCCGCCAGCCUGGAUGAGGUAAUGAAAACCACCAAAAUCAUCAUUGGCUGUUUUGUUGCUGUUACAUUGCUGGCAGCUGCUAUGUUGAUAGCAUUCUAUAAGUUGCGGAAGCGGCAUCAACAGAGGAGCACAGUGGCAGCAGCCAGAACCAUAGAAAUCAUACAGAUGGAGGAAGAAGUUCCUCCGGUUCCUCCACCCACCUCUGGAUCUAGUGGCUCUGACGACACAGGAUUGGUACUACCUACACUAGUGGAACAUAACAGCAACACCUUUAAGCCCGGUUACGUGUCGUCCUCGUCCCGCCAAGGGGGCUAUGGUGCCCACUGGACCCAGAACAACACUCUUCAUUGCUCUGUCAGACAGCAUCACAGCCACAUCAGCACCAUUGCUGAUCCCUACAUCAUAAAGACUACUCAUGGCAAGGAGAAGGUUCAAGAGACCCAAAUUUGAGUAAUGCUCUCUAUGGAUUUGUCUGUGACUCUGCCACAUCCUCUGCUCUCCACCUAUCUGCCCACCAGUCCAUGCAAUAGAAUGCACAAAGAACAAAGCGGUAACUUUUCUUUUGUACAGAAGUGCAAAACAGAGACAUUUUUUCUUUCUUGUACAUGCCUAUACAUAAGUAUAUAAAUAUGAAAAAUACAAAUAUAUAUAUGAAACUUCUGUCAGGAAAUGGUGAGACAUGCAGAUUAUAUUAGAAAAGAAAGUAACUUGAAACUAUUUUCUAAUUACUGGUGACUUCUAUUUAAAAAAAAAAGAGAUGAUGAAUAGCUUUUUCUGACUGACAAUAGAAGGUGGCACCGUCUAAUAUAGGAAACAGGCAUUUAGUUUGUUUUUGACCAUAUUUAGGAUCAGUAAAGAAAAAAACCAAAAAGAAUAAAAAAAAAAAAACUAUAAAGGCACCGGUUUCUAAAAGCGGCCCCACAUGUAAGCUCCAGAUUUUACUGUGCCAAAUAUUAUAUGCAAUAAGAUGGUUUUUCCCAGACUAAGGGACACACAAACAAAGAAUUAUCUAAAUAGAUCUAGAAACAUUUGUCCGAGGAUAGCGCAGAACGGCACAGAUAUGAAUGUGCUGCUCAGUAGCUAUCAGCCAAAUGCUUUUGGACUGCAGUGAAUUUCUGCAGCUAAGGUUUAACCCUCUGUUCGCUGGAAUUAAGCAGCGUUUAUUUGACAGUGCCAAUGCUUCUUAGCCGUAGCCUCUCAGAACAUGUUCAUUCGGUGUUCCCACGAACCCCACUGAUUUAACAGGCAAAGACGAAGUGCAGGCUAAUAACAACUGUUGCAAAUACCUUGUUACGAUAUUGGUUGCAUAUUGUGUUGUUUCCUUUUCUCCCUUAGGUUUUGACAUGCUUCUAAAUUGCUUGUGUAGUGUUUAGGGCUAAUUUAGUAAUGCAUUACAGCAGUUGCCUGACUUGUCUCUGCAAGGGCUCAUUCUGAUGCUAAUUUCUCAAAGGAACAGACGUGUGGUGCAACGACACAGGGCUUUGCUGACCGAUAUGCUUUCGAAGGAAAAAAAAAAGAUGAUUGAAAUGAUACAAAAUGAAUGUCUGAGACUGGGGCUUUUCCAUGGACUACUCUGAAACAUGGCAUUGCUAUUUUCUUUUUCCUUUAACCGUUUAUUUUGAGCGACACUAUUUUUAUGGAGAGACAAAGGAGGCUAUGAAAAAUAAAAACCUUUGGUUUGUAUUUCUCUAAUCAGAAA